CACUCGAGUAGAAAAUAUCCCUACUAAAGCACACGAGUGCCACAAUUGGUUCUUAAAAGUUAAAAUAUCUGUGAUUGAUUUAAAAAACUAUUAUGAAAAACACGGCAAAAUUAUUUUGGCUCCUUUUGACGAGUUAUUCCAUCACCGUGGCAAUGGAAUAUGAACCGUCUCAACUGGUCGGUCAGGUACACCCUAGGGCACUGAAAGCGUUUUUGGAGACACAAGACGAUAUGAAAGAAAUGUUAACGUUGUAUGACUUGUUCUGGACACGCGUCAAAGGCGGAAUUCUUUCAAACGAUUUUGUCUGGUAUUGUCGUUCGAUAAACAAAUCGUUUACCAUAUUGUUCGACAAGUACUUCAGCGACACGGACAAAUGGAACGGAGCCAAACCGUUAAUAAUCGCCAAACAAAACGAGCUGAUGCCAGAUGAGAGCAUUGACGAUUUAAUAUGGGUUCCUACUGGGGUUUUCGAUGUCCGUUUAGUGGACGAAGAAAAGGAGUUUAAGUACUUUUUAAUCAAUUCGAGACCACCUCAUGAGUUUUUAGAAGACAUUCCCCCUCCGUCAAUUAUACAAGUCCUGGAAUCACAUCCAAACAUGAAUGAACUGCUUACGUUGUAUACAAUUUAUUGGACAUAUGCCGAAAAAGAAAACCCCGAGUUUGAAAAGUUUUGCCAAUACUUAAAGGCUGAGGGUCUGAUCUAA